GGUAGCAUGGCAGAUUUCUGCGGCUGACGUUGAGCCAGGCAGUCUGAUCGUACUGCCGAGCUGCAGAGCUACACUUUCAUCUGAGCAGGAUCAUGGAGUAAAAAAAAACAAAACAUGGCCCACAACAGAAGCUUUUUCCUUGAAGGUAAGCUGUGACACUCCGCUCGGCCGGCAGCCAUUUUACCCGCACACGGUGCUCGGAUUCCUGCCCGCCGAGGCAGAUGUCGGGUCCCCCGGUGUCAACACAUAAUCAUCGGUGCAGAAUAUGUGCUUGGUGGGGGGUGGGGGCUAGGUGGCUAACGUUAUCCUCAUAAUGUUUACUGCCGGAACAACCUCAGCUAGCGGGGGGAAAGGACAGGGAAAACCGUCUUGGCUGUCCGAUCCGGUGGAUUUAUUUUUUAAAACUGAAUCUGGACUUGGAAGCCUGAGCUAGCACCAUUAGCGCAGCCGUUAGCAGCAAUGUGGGAGCUGGGUGUAGCUUUUAGCUGAGGCAGGCCUUCCUGCCAGGCGGUUAGCUGACAACUAACGCUUAUACAACACAGUAAAACACACAAACACUUUACUAAUAAACGUAAAAUUAUAUUAAAACGUGUCCCGACGCAAAGCCGGCUGCUGUUAGCCUCCAAGCUAGCCUGCUAACUUUGCUAGCAUCAAGUAUCAGCUAGCUGACAUAAAUAAUAAAUAACUGUAAACAGCAAAUAUUCCCAGUGUUUAAUAACAUUUCUCGUGGCGGUAUUCACUUGUUCUGAUAGUUCACACUUUAUUCUUAGAGGAAAUACAUUUUUUUGAAUGAAUAAAUAUAAUUAAAACCGUAUUUAAAAGCUCUUUAGAGAGAGAGAGAGAGGCUCGCCUGCCUCCUCUCAGAUAAAAGAGCUGACUGAUUGUGUCAUUACUGCCUUGCUCAAUGGCAGCAUCAAGCCCCCAACGUCUCCUCACAAAGCAGAUCUGUUUUAAAUGUUAAAGAAGUAACGUUAAGCCUGUGUGGUGUUUUUAAAUAUGUAGUUUAAGACCGUAUCUGAGGACUAAAACAAUACCUUACUUUGACGUGUAAAAUUUGUUAACCUCACUUUUUAUUCAAAGGCUCAGGCCUGAGAUGCAGCAGAGCUCUAUUGUUGUCCAAAAACUAUUUAAACACACCAUAUUCUGACUCAGUCACACAUACACCGUCCCGCUUGCCUGAAAUCCUAGCUGGAGCGCCGAAUGUAAAUUCAUCCGCUGCUGAAAAUAGUCCCAGACAAAUGCACUAUUUCCUCCUGUUUUGUUUAAAAACUACAGUGAACAGCUGUUUUAGGAAAUGACUCUAAAAAAGGUAUUUAUUUGUGAAAUGCUUUUAAAGGUUUGAGCUGAGAGCCACGGACAGGACAUCAGAAAGAGAGACGAACCAACACAUUGCUGGUUAUGGUCUUUUUGUGGGAUUAUUUGUAAAGAAGAGAAAUAUAGAAUAAUGCCAGGAUUAACCUUUUUAAAAGAGAAACAAAAGUUCCCCAAUGAGAAGUGCUCUCAAGUCAACAACCAGCCGAACUGGAACAUCAUCUAAAUUAGGAAAUAUUUUGAUUAUAUUCUGAACUAUCUAAUGAGAGAAAAAGUUAACAAGAUUAUAAAUAUGAUCAUUUUUACACCCAGUGCGUCGGACACUUUUCACUUUGUAUUUGAGGUUCAGCAAGUAGCCUUAUGUAAAACGGCACCUACCUGGCCACAGGUUGGCAGUGUUUCCCACUCAAAGACUUGUCUUUGGCGGGCCGCCCGGGUAUAUUUGGCGAUCCAUUAGCAUUUCGCAGAAAGAGUUGUUAUCAUUCAUGGUGAAUAUUUCACAAGCUCUGACCAAGUAAAGCAACUGUGAACACACCAGCGCAGAUACUAUUAGUUAGCUACCAUGUUGGUUUUAUGUUCAUAGGCUAUUUCGUCAACACGCCUCCUUCACAUACGGAAUCGCAACCAGGUGUGUUUGUAGUAAGAGACAAGAAGUGUAGGUGUGUGCGAGUGUGGGGAAACUGAAGGGAAAGGGAGCAGAUUAAAUUAGCGAAUAAACACUAUAAUAAGGUGGAGAAGGAAGUCUUCCCUCCCAGUCGCUGCGUAAGCGCAAUAUUCACGUUUCCCCACACGUUUCGCCGCUCGCAAGUCGCACAUGCAUUUGCAAGUCGUACAGGGCUUUCGCAUGCUCAGUUUGCUGGUUGCUAGUUUGGUGUGUUUUUAAUUAGCAAAAGAACAGGGUAGUUAAUAAUGCUUUUAGGAAAAUAGAAAUGGUGGAGAGAUGCAAAAAAGCUCCUCAGCUGGAUUUGAACUGUGGACCUUGUGGUUCAUUGUUAGUGUCCUAACUGCUGAGCCAAGGCAACGCCCAGAAGAAGUCACAACAUGUAACGUGCCCCAGGUUUGUAUUAGGAGCCGUGUUUUUGGUGCAUUACCUGCAUGUUUAAUAUAUGUGUGAGCUACGUUUCCUCUGGUGCUGGAGUGCAGGUGUGAGUGAGUACAAACUGUUGGGAUUUGAACGUCAUGUGAGACUCAAAUCUCUCUUUCAGCUGCACAAGCAACACUCAUUCCGGUCUGUUUGGAUAAAUCGUGUGUGUGCAGUUGUGGCAUUUGGAUUUGUCCUGCAGUAAAUGCUCUACUGUUACAGACAGAAUGAAUGAUUGGACUAACGCUCAGCUGGAACCUAAAUGUCCCUUCAUCAACAUUAUCGGGGCAUUUGGUUGUGAUUCUGGAAAAUUGACCAAAGCAUGAAUCUCACAGAUUUGGGAGUUGACUUGUAAUUAGGCGCGUGCAGGAUUUGAACGCGAUUACUGAGCCACCUGCAGCAGCAGAGCUCUGGGAUCAUAAUCUAAUAUAUGAUUGUAGAAGAUUAUUUUUCUUGUCAUUUUUAAAAGCCCUGAAACGGUAAAUGUUCAGACUGUUCUGCUCCUAGUCGCAUCUCUUCAGCGUCUGCUAAUCCACUUCUGCAGCUGCACAGGGAAGCCAGAAGCAUUACGUACGAGGCCGGGAGGGAGAUGGGACGCUCAGGAUUUGGUUUGUGGGGGAGGCAGAAGAAGAAGAAGCAGCAGCAGCAGC